AUGCCAGAAGCCACACGGAGCACAUUGAGUACUCGUGCAUUUGCGUGUGGCACGGUAGGAGGCGGACUUGAGGUUGUCUAUGGUCCUCAGUCCAGGCUUGCCGACCGGCAGUAUUCCCCCUGGUCACCAUCCCGAGAUUUCAAUGAGGAUAGUAGCCUCGCUCCACCCAGGAACAUGAAGGGCUUAUCAGGUGGUCGUGCACCGCACCAGAUUCCCACACUGCCCCCGUGUGGACUGGCGGAGUGCGAGCAUCUCCAUGACCUGCAUGGCAUGCAUGUGUCCGAUCUGCGCCACUCCUACCUGCUCAGCCCCACAGAGACCUGCGCCAUGGACUUCCAUCAUCGUUUUUCCCCCCGCAGCUCCAUUCACUCCGACUGCAUGAUCAUGUCACCUGUGGCGCUAACUUCCACUGCCCCCGCCGACCACGUCUCCAGCAGCACCUUUCCCAGAAUGCACUACAGUUCGCUGUACUACGACCCAGCUGCCCGGGAAGACUGUGCAGCCAUCACCACCUCAGCCACAUCCGCCGCCGUCGCUGCUGCAACAUCUGCCUCUCACCACAUCAGCAGCAAGAGCAACCGCAUCCCCGCAAACCUGCUGGACCAGUUCGAAAAACAGCUUCCACUUCAUCGUGACGGCUUCCACACACUCCAGUACCAACGCACAUCUGCCGCCACUGGUGGGGAGCAGCGGAGUGAGAGCCCCGGUCGCAUCCGACACCUGGUGCACUCUGUCCAAAAGCUCUUCACCAAGUCCCACUCACUGGAGGGAUCGUCCAAGAUGAAUGGCACCAAAGCUGACAGUGGAGGUGGGGGAAGCCAUCACCAUCACCACGGCAAUCAUCACUCAUCCAAGCAUGGCAGCAGGCACAGUAAAAGCAAGGAGCGCAGGCACCGGUCAGGGACAGGGGGCUGGUGGAGCUCGGAUGACAACCUAGACAGCGACAGCACCUACCGCACGGCCAGCGCCUUGAGCCGCCACCGUCAUGGUCACAGUUUCCCAGAAUCCAUGCACACUCACUUUGGAGACCACUCUCUCAAAACCUCCAAAAGCAACAAUGACGUCAAGUGUUCGGCCUGCGAGGGCUUGUCCAUGGCACCUGAGGGGAAGUUCAUGAAGAGGAGUUCCUGGUCCACACUCACCGUCAGCCAGGCCAAAGAGGCCUACCGAAAGUCCUCCCUAAACCUAGAGAAGCCCAUGAUGCAUCAGGAACUUAAACCAUCAUUCCGGUCCUCACACUACCUACAGGUGCCUCAGGAUGAGUGGGAGGGUUAUCCAGGGAUUGAGAAGGACGAGGAGAUCCCGUGUCGCCGGAUGCGUAGCAGUAGUUAUGUCAAAGCCAUGGGAGACGAUGAUAGUGGUGAGUCUGAUACCAGCUCCAAGACGUCGCCUCAGAAGACUGUGCGGUCCGAUGCCCUUGUCCUUAAAUCAGCCAUGCAGAGGCCACAUAUAGACACCCAAAGCUCUGGCUACCACUUGCAAACAAGGAGAGAUAUGCGCCCUCACCCCAGCGUGUCUCUGGACCCAGCAACCAACUUCAACCCUCCACAGUUUCGCUCCAGAAACCAGAGCUACAUGCGUGCAGUCAGUACCUUCAGUCAGGCAAGCUGUGUCAGCCAGGUGAGUGAGACUGAGGUCAAUGGCCAGUUUGAGUCAGUUUGCGAGUCCGUUUUUAGCGAAGUAGAAUCCCAGGCCGUGGAGGCCUUGGACCUGCCUGGCUCUUUCCGCACUCGAAGCCACAGUUACCUGCGUGCAAUUCAGGCUGGGUAUUCCCAAGAUGACGACUGCUUGCCUUCAAUGACAUCUUCUACUGUCACUUCAACUCUCAGAUCCACAACAGGGAUCCAGUUUCGUCUCCCUACUGCCUGUAGUGUGGAUCGAACAGAAACCCCCACGCCAGCGGUAGUGACAUAUACACCUGACUACAAGAAGAUUCCUCCACCUGUUCCUCCUCGUUCCACCACUAAGCCGCUGAUUUCUGUAACAGCCCAGAGCAGCACAGAGUCGACGCAGGAUGCGUACCACGAGGGUCGGCCAUCACGGGGAGGGCUUUGGGCACCAGAUAGCCUCAGUCGGGUUAUCUACAACUCCACCGACAGCCUGGAUAGCGCAAAGGCGGUGACCCUAGCAAUGGAAACCGCAUCCAAGCGCCUCACUUCUGCGGGGAGCUACAGCUCCGUUCAGACCUGCGAUAAGGCCAUCCUGGUGUCCAAAGCAGAGGAAUACCUCAAGACUCCACGCUCUUCCAUCGGGAUACAGGUGGAAGCGGCCACAGAUUCUGAGACAGAUAGUAAAGGUCUCCCACAGUAUCAGUCCGUGGGUAUCCAGGUGGAGGAUGAGAAGAGACUUGGCCGCUUUAAACGGUCCAACAGUGUGACGACGGCAGUUCAGGCCGAUUUGGAGCUGGAGGGGUUUCCUUCGACCGAAGACAAGAGUCUGCAGUUUGGAGGAUUUCAGCGACAUUCUGAACCCAGUACGCCCACACAGUACAGCGUGGUUCGGACUGUACGAACACAGGGCCUUUUUAGCUACCGUGAGGAUUACCGACCCUCCAGCGGGCCGUCCAGUCCGCAGCCCGAGCCCUGGCUGGUGGAGCCCGCUCAUGAAGCAGCCGAGUCCGGCCGUGUGUCACCACUCCACCGCGACGGCAGCUGGUUCAUGCAGCUUCUGCACAGCGAGACCAAAAGGAUGGAGAGAUGGUGCAAAGACAUGGAACGUGAGGCGGAGGAGCACGACCUGUCAGAGGAGAUUCUUGGGAAGAUCCGGAGUGCUGUAGGCAGUGCUCAGCUCCUCAUGUCCCAGAAAUUCCAGCAAUUUUACUGGUUGUGUCAGCAAAAUCUGGACCCCAGCGCUAUGCCCCGCCCAACGGCUCAGGACCUGGCUGGGUUCUGGGAUCUCCUGCAGCUCUCCAUUGAGGAUGUCACUGCCAAAUUUGAUGAGCUGCAGCAAAUCAAGAGUAAUGAGUGGAGGAUAGUGAAGAGUCCAGAGAAGAAGGAAAGAAAAUGGCCACCUCCUGUUACAAAGAGGCCCCCUAAAAGUCGUGGAGCUGUCAUGCGUGAGCGAUCCCUGGAUCUGCAGGACCGACAGAGGCAAGAGGCCCGCCGCAGGCUCCUAGCUGCAAAACGGGCUGCUUCUUUCCGUCAGAGCUCAGCUACAGAGCGGGCCGACAGCAUAGAGAUCUACAUCCCUGAAGCCCAAACCCGUUUAUGAAACACACAUAUACUAUGCCUCACCAGUGCGCUUCAACCAACAGGGUACAUCCAUUCUGCUCCAUGGCACCGCUGCCCUCGUUCACAUUCUCACAUCUGUUACAAGUAUUCUUCCUCUGCUCAUCAUCUACUCUGAGCUGAGAAUAGUGGUGAGUUUAUAUAUGCCUCAAACAGAGCUCAAUGCAAAGAGGUCUUAGCAGUCUAUGCACUCCAAGACCUGCAGUUACUGCAACCCAGUUUGUAUAUCAGUUUUAGUACAUUCAGAGGCCAAAACUAAGGCUUUGUUCACACUGCACACAAAUCCGAUUUGGUUUUCACAUUCCAUUUUUAGGACAGAGUUAGGAGGCAGUUGCAAUAGUAGUGAUAUAAGCAUCAGCAUGAUGUAAAGAGGACAGUUAUCAUGACAUCUUGCCACGGUGCUGAACUCAUGAGAUGCGUGAGAGCGAUUAGCUCUUAGCAAUUCUUAUUAACAUUCAUGCAUAUGCUGUGUCCGAAAUCACUUAGCCUACUCACUAUU